AGUAAACUUGACUAGAUUCUCAUUUAAAAUUAAGUCGACUUUUGUUUAUCACAAUCUUUGAACAUGAGAGCCGUUACAAUUUUAGCUAUUUUAGCAUUACUAUGUACUACAACAUUUGCAAGUGCAACUAACGAAGAUACAGAUGCCAAACUACUUUUAAAUACCGUCGAUGGAAAAUAUGAGCAUAUUGAAUUACUUGGUAACAAGACUCUUUUUGAUGACGAUGAACUUAUUAAAAUAAUUUUGGCUUCUAUUGACAAAGAAGAUCUGAUUGCACUUGAAAGAUACCUCGAAGAAAACCCAGAAUUUCCUGGGGGCUGCACAAUCUGCAAACUAUUUGCCAAGUUAAUCCAAAGCCUAAUUAAAAAACAUAUUUCAAAGGACACUGUCGAACACGAGGUAGAUAAGUUGUGCAACAAAUUACCCUUCAAUGCAAUACGCAAUUUUUGUAAAAAACAUUUGGCACCAGAAAUUGGCACGUUAUAUGAUAAACUGAUCAAUUCUAGUACCCAAAAAGCAUGCCAGUUCAUCGGCUACUGUUAAUUGAGUUCACUUAUUUUUAAUUUUUACUUUAUAGCUGAAACCAUUGAUGAGAACUUCAUAUUUUACAUAUCUUAUUAAAUCAAUAUUACUAAGGAUUUAAAUUAUAACAUAAUAUUAAACUUAUUUUAUGGUACGUUUUGUUAAUAAAUACUUAAUAAAAAAACUCU